AAAAGUCUUCAAAAAAAAAAUUCAGGUCUGGCUCGACCGCCUAAUUUGGAUUUGGGUAUCUUGCUUUCUUUGCGGUUCUCCCAGUGCAGCCCGGAUUUGCCUAGAAGGGUCAUUCUGUAUCACCAUAUGUUGUUACUGGUAAACGGAUGAUGUUAGUAAGUCAUGACGACGGAUUAGUAGCCCAGGGAGGAUUAUGGAGGUCAAUCAGUGACUUAAGACGCAUCACCCCCUCUGGACACCACCAGAUCUUUCAGCUUCUCUCCUUGGCCUGAACGCGUGAGAGUCCACCCGCACUCCAAACACAGCCGAAUCCAGUAUCCACCGGGUGGACCUAGUUGCCGUCGGUUACCUCCAGACGUUUUUUUAAACCCGGGAUGAGCAGUCUGGCGGACAUCCCUUUCAAGAUCCCCAGUGUUUCCAUGGAGAUGCCUCAGCCCGUCAUGGCCCCCGAGUUGCCCAUCCCGGACGUCCUGCAGUUAAUGUGGGAGACUGAGUAUGAUUUCCAUUUGGAGAACUGGGUCCUGGCAGGACUGGUAGGGGGGUACCCCAGGUGCCCCGAGGUGCAGCAGCCUGAUGCCCCAUUAGAGAUCACCUCGUCCUGCCCCCUUCACUGGCUGAUGUUCGGCAGUGCCGAGGUGUGCCGGCUGGCCAGCCCACGGGGCGCCGAGCUCUGGGGUCCGUCCCCUCGUCUGGGGAGCCUCAGCUUGAACCCCAAGGUGACCAUAGGUCCCCUGCCACCCAGGGUAAAGUUCGCCAUCUCCGUCUCUGAGGACAACAUGGACAGCUGCUCUGAGGAUGAUGAAGGUUCCUCCAGUGAAGACCCAGCAAUGACUCUACCCACCUCUGGCCCAGUGCCAGUGCCCAGCUUGUCAGAAGGAGGUGGGCCUUUGGAUUUCAGGAGUCCCCAGCUGUCCUCCUGCAGCCUAGCCUGCUACGGACAGUCAUCACUGCAUAGGGGCGUUGCACUGCACUGCGCCACCCACUGGCAGCUUAGCAGGCCACGCUGUCUUGGUUCCUCUGGACUCUGUGCCUCAUCCACCUCAAGGGACCCAGCACCUUCCUCAACAGUCCAGACCUCCAGGGUGGAGCAGCACCAGACAGCAAUGCAGUCCCAAAGCCCCUACUCCAGUCAGCCCCGCCCCCCCCCGGCAGGCCGACCCCUGGAUUCCCACACUUCCAUUGCGGACUCGUCGGCCGAGCUUCUGUCGGCCCUCAGCCAGGAGGAGCGCGAUCUGUUGGAGACCAUCACGGAGCAGGGAUACCCCCUGCGAACAGCCAUCAUUGCCCUGCAGAAGACAGGCUGGCAGAGCCCAGAUCAGAUGCUGAGAUACCUGCUGUCAUGUGACCGGCUGUGUGAGCUGGGCUUCGACGUGACCGAGGUCCAAGAGGCUUUAGAGAUGUUCCAGAACUGCGAGACCAAGGCAGCUGAGUUCUUGCACCUCCUGGCCCAGUUCGACGAGAUGGGAUUCCAGCAGAACACCAUUAAGGAAGUGCUGCUGGUCCAUGAGAACCACAGGGAGAGGGCCCUGGAGGAGCUGAUGAUGCACGCUGCGUGAUGGGCCCAGCUGCUAUCCCAUGAUGCACUUGCAGGAUUGUCACUCCAGAGCCGUGUGCCACAAUGCAGCGUCUAGGUUGCCCAUGAUAAAAUCCUCAAAGGGUGUUUCUCAAUACCAAGAACGCAAAGAUUGUAUUUGUGAUCUUGGCAAGACCAGUCUUGCUAACUUGCCUCCCAAGUAUGAAUAUGGGGCGCAAUGAAUCAUGGGAUUCGUCUCAUUUGUUGAGGAUGCAAUGAAUGUACGCUUGAUAUUUGGGAUGGGGCAAGAGCGACAUCUUGGGAUUUUUAUCGUCCUCUGUGCUUCUGUUCUUGAGUAUUGGAACUGGUCUUCGGCAAUGGCAGAUGACGUAAAAUGGGUACACAAGAGCACAAGUACGGUCAAGUACGCAUAUUGAGAAACACCCAUAAUGUGUCAGACU